AAAAUAAUGUUGCGCCAAGUGAGCAAAACGGACCUGCUGGCCAAGCAGUUUGAUAAACUGCUACCGCUUUUCUCAACGCAAGCUCCAACAGUAGUACAACAAAGCUUUACUGGGCAGCGUCAUAGUUCAUCUUCUGCCCGGCCUGGUUCGUUGCUUGCUGGCAGCAAAAAGCAUGGAUUCGCAAAAAUCAACGAAAUGGCACAAAACGGAUACGGUCACGCCGCUACCCAGCUAAAGGUGGAACCAAAAUCGCAAGCAGUGUUCGAUCGUGAGGACAAAUUUGGUGCACACAACUAUCACCCGUUGCCGGUAGCGUUGGCCCGCGGCGAAGGAGUGUACGUUUGGGAUGUGGAAGGCAAACGAUACUACGACUUUCUCAGCGCAUAUUCCGCCGUCAAUCAGGGCCACUGCCAUCCGAAGAUCGUCAAAGCACUAACGGAACAGGCCCAAGUAUUGACCUUAACGUCACGAGCUUUCUACUCGAAUGUGCUCGGUGAGUACGAGGAGUUUGUUACGAACCUGUUCGGGUACGACAAGGUACUGCCAAUGAAUACGGGCGUUGAGGGUGGUGAAACGGCCUGCAAGCUGGCUCGCAAGUGGGGCUACAAGGUGAAGCAGAUUCCCGAGAACAAAGCCAAAAUCGUAUUCGCCGAGGGAAAUUUCUGGGGCCGCACGCUAGCCGCCGUAUCCUCGUCGAACGAUCCGAGCAGUUACGCUGGCUUCGGACCAUUCAUGCCGGGCUUUGAGCUAGUGCCCUACAACGACACAGCUGCACUAGAGAAAGCCCUACAGGAUCCGAACGUGUGUGCGUUCAUGGUGGAGCCGAUACAGGGUGAGGCUGGUGUGGUUGUUCCGGACGAUGGUUACUUGCGAAAGGUGCGCGAACUCUGCACCAAGUACAACGUGCUGUUUAUUGCGGACGAGGUACAAACGGGUCUGGCACGCACUGGCCGUAUGUUGGCGGUCGAUCACGAAAACGUAAAGCCGGACCUGCUCAUACUAGGCAAAGCGCUCUCGGGCGGUGUGUAUCCCGUGUCAGCCGUCCUAGCAAACGAUUCGGUUAUGCUGUGCAUUCAACCCGGUGAGCACGGUUCCACGUACGGAGGCAAUCCGCUCGGUUGUAAGGUGGCCAUCGCCGCGCUGCAAGUGCUGGUAGAGGAAAAACUGUCCGAAAACGCCGAACGUAUGGGUCAGCUGUUGCGUAGCUCGUUGCGCGAACUGCCUACGGACGUCGUGUCGAUUGUACGUGGCAAAGGACUGCUGAAUGCGAUCGUGAUCAAUCCGAACUUUGACGCGUGGGAAGUUUGUUUGCGAUUGAAGGAGAAUGGGCUCAUCGCGAAACCUACACACGGGGAUAUUAUACGCUUCGCACCGCCCCUGACCAUCAACGAGCAGCAGCUGGAGGAAUGUUUGCACAUCAUCAAAUCGACCGUUAUGUCGUUCGUGCCAAAUUAGGCAGCAGCGA